ACGCACGCCAUCGUCACCUGCAGCGGCCACCGGCGGUUUGCAUUUCUCUGUUUAUUCUACUUUUGCUGCUCUUUGGGCGUCCCAUCGGGAAUGGCUUUUAUCCUUCAUGGCGUUUCCAAUAUGGGGGCGGACGGCAAUUGCACACCGUGCCCAUAUCACUUGGACAAAAAAGAGGCGGCACAGAGCCCUCUUUUUGCUUUCCUUCAACGGCAAAAGGCACCAGAUGCAGAAAUCAAGUGUGAGUGGAACUGACCGGCUGCAACGCUACCUCUAAUUCUCCACCACGGCCUGCAUGAAUGUGUGUGUGUGUAUGUACUAUAGCUUGCUGGUACAUCUGCCCUCCAGCCGCCCGGCCUAGCGUUAGUCCCCUAGCUAGCUCGCGGGCUUCUCCUCUUUUUUUCUUGCUCUUGCUUACCCUUGUGUUGACUCGCCUGGGCUAUAUAUCCGAUAUUCUGUCUUGUUGGGUCGGGCUUCUGCAUUCUUCAGCAACAGCAGCACCUUUUCGCUUUCUUUGUCCAUCACUGUCGUAGGGAACAAAGACUGGCCUCAGUCGAUUCCCGUUUCUCAGUAUUCAACUCUCUGGCUUUUAAUAUCCGUUUCCGGUUCUCUCAAACAUGGUUGCCGUCUCACUAAAGGCGGCCGUUGCUGCGGCCUUGGCUCUCACCACCACAGCCACGUCUGCCCUGCGUGUGUCUCCAGGAUCGCCAUGCGAAGCAUCUUGCGGUGGCAGCAGCAGCUCCAAAGGAAAUAAUAACACUUCAACGGCGGAUAUUGUAUGUCAUGACGAGCAAUACACUACCACAGACGCCGGCAAGAAGUACAAGCAGUGCAUGACAUGUCUGCAAACAAGCACGUAUUCCAACGGAGACGCCAACGACCAGACAGCCUUUCUGUACAACAUGAGACUGUCAGUGGAUUUCUGCAUCUUUGGAGUCCCAGCCUCGCCUGAAAUCGGCUCCAACGUCUGUGCCACCAGCGAAGCCUGCGGCAAGAUGUUUAAUCCCUGGACCAGCGAUGUCAAGAAUGGUUCCCGCUCAGAGGAAUUCGCAUACUGCGGCAAAAAUGACGAGCCCUUUGGUCCCUGUGUCGACUGUGUCCGCGCCGACUCGUCUCAGACGAAGCUCGCCAGCUACAUUGUCGCUCUCCAAGCAGGCUGCAAAUACAGACCACUACCCAGCACUCCGCUCAUGAUCAACGACACCAUCUUUGCCAACCACGUCGUGUCCAUCGUCGACCCAACCGGCAGCGCUCACCCAGCUCCCAGCGGCGGUCUUUCUACUGGUGCCAUUGUCGGCAUCGCCAUUGGCGGCUUUGUCGUCGUCUUCCUUGCCAUCGGCUCCGUCAUCAUGUGCAUCCGCCGCCGCCGCAACAAGGAAAAGGCCCGCCUCCAGGCUGCCCACGAGUCCAGCGCCUCCUACGACUUCCGCUGCCAGACUCACCUUGACCCGUACAGCCCCGGCUUCGACCACAACACUGGAAGCCCUUACACCGAGCACGCCAUGUACUGGAACGAGAAGCAGCCGUACACGGACAUGUCUCCUCUCGGCCAGAACCCUCCCGAGGGCAUGCAGAACCCUGCCCUAGGUAUUCACUUCACUCAUGGCGUCCCUACCCAGGAAGGCUUUGCUGCCUCCCAGGAAAACAUUGGCGCAGCUGUGUCAUCACCUGAAGCCGCUGUCAUUACACAACGACAUGAAGGCAGCGUAAUUGACGAUUACUACACAACGCCUGUGUCUACCACAUCGAUGCACUCCAAUGCCCCCUUCCUGUCAUCGCCACAGAUGGCAUACUCACCUCACCCACAGACUAGCUCGCCCCUCGCUAGACAAGAGGUAUGGACACAGCAGCAGUCGCCUAUUUGGGAAUCGGCGCCUGUUGAAGGAAAGGGAGCCAAGAACAAGGGACGUGCUGCUACCGGCGGGCCGGUAGAGACGCAGACGCUCCAGACGUCGUUCCCUCCUCCCCCAAAGAAGUAAAAACGAAAAACAAAUGUAAACAAAUUCUAUAUUUCUUGUAUAUUCUCUUGCCUAUUAUUCACGGCCAAAAAUGUUUUUGCUGCAAAGCUGGCGGUUAUAGUUAUUCAUGUUGGAAAUACAUCCUUUUCAUAUCUCAAAGUCACAUAUUCAUGCACACACAUACACACACAUCAAGAGUGAAAAGAACGUAAAAAAGUAGAGCAUGGGGCGUCGAUGCGACAACCCGAAAGAAGGAAAAGUAGUCUCUUUCGUCAAUCUCAAUCGUAAAAUGCCUUGCCAUCCAUCCGUCGUCUUUCCUAGCCUGGGAAUGUACAAGUAAAAUAUCAAAAUGCCGUUUGCCUUGCCAUGCUUUAUAUACAUGAGAAAAAUCACAAAGAAAUUACACCAUUAUCCACCAAUUCUCUCCCUCCCUCUCUUUCUCACUAUUCUAGCUGUUUCGUCGAAAUUCGGGGUGUAUCGUUUCUGUUGAUAAAAUAUGAUUAUAGCGGUGUUGCACCGCGGGAUAUGUCGUGGAGCUUGUCGUUUUGCUCUUUAAACCACACAGUUCCCUCUUCCAUCUCCUCUCGCAUGGCGCGGAGUUCUUGGAUCAAGGUUUCGGCGUCGCUCAUGACUCUCUUGUGAGAGCUGGCGCCUUCGUCACUAUCCAGCAUGAUGCUUUCGUUGGUCAUGCGCUUUCGUUUGUUGCUAGCAACGGCGUUCUCAAAGGCAGCCACUCCGGGAAUCGACUGCUCGAUAGACGGUACAACAAAUCGAGAUCCAGAGGUAGCUCCAAACGACUCACGGCGGGAAGAGAGUCCAGAGAACGAAGGCGUUCUUCGUAGGUACCCUGCCGUGCUAGGCCGCUGGUUCUGGCUGUAGUGGCUGUAUUGACCAUGCUGGCUGUGGGCCAAGCUUUCGGGAAUCGCCGUACCAUCAGGCAGCUGGACAAUACCCAUUGCCUUGAGUCGCCAACGCUCCGAUACGUUGCUAACGCGGCUUGCGUUGUCUGGGCUAGAUCGAUCGCUUGAUGCUACCGACGAGCCAGAGCGGCCAAAGCGGGACUGACUGCUGCCCAAGAGCUCCUCUCGCAGUGCUCUCGUCUUAGCGCCUCCCUUGGAGAACGACGACGAUCGAGAGCGCGAAGGGGUUGCUGCUACACUCAUCGGCAGACGGAAGUGACGGUUAAUAGACUCUGCGAUGGCGUUGCCAGCGGUUGAGGCGGGCACAAUAACGCUGGAUGCGCGGAUGGACCCAGAGGCUCGUUGCUGGUUUGCACUCUGCUUCAAGCCAUCAAUAAGUUCCUGUUGUCGUUGAAGUCUGGUAGAUGGCAGCUCCUGGCUGGAAACCCGUCGUGGAGUCUCGGAGCCUCCUCUAUGAGAGCUGCUGUGCUGCCGCUUGUGAAACUGGCGAAGCUUAUCUCUACCAGUCCUUCGCAAGUAGCGGAGACGCUUCUCUCUCGCGUUAGCUUUCCAUCGGUAAAAGUAUGUGACCGAUAGAGUCCGUCGGCGAAAGUUAUCUGCCGUUUGCCUAUCCCUCUCUUCCUCUUCCUUUCUUCGCUUCUCCUCCGUGUCGUGCUGGUACUUCACAUACACCUUCUUGAGCAUGUCUUCCACAAGGUAUGUCUGAAAAUCUUCCAAAAGACCACUAUCACCAAGCGCAAACCAUUCCGCGAAAUCUUUCAUACGAUCCCGUGGCGGUGCUGGGGGCGGGGAUGGAUGGGCAGGCUUUUGUGCAGCCGGUGCUGAUGGUGCCGGAUUACAUGGAUUAGUGGCUGUACUGAAUGGAGAGGUGCUGGCGGGGGGUGCCGUUGUAGUUGGUAGUAGUGAGCCCUGUUUAGGUUGAAUGUCGUCUUUCGACAACGGUGAUAAGGGAGGUGUUGAUUUGGGCACAUCCACGGAGCCCAGUGAAAGCCCCGGCAGCGGCUGUUGGCCACCGAGAGCAGAUGUCUUUGGUGAGGAACCUUGCGACAAAGCCAGGCUACCGAUAUUGAACUUGGGUGGUGCCUUUGGAGUCGUAGAUUCAACCCCACUAAAGGGACUCUUGACCGGAGUAGUAGACGUUGUGGUAGUACCACUGGUAGCUGUCGUGGAAGGUAUCAGGGAUGGUGUUGGCGCCGGUAUGCCGCUUGAGAAGCCAGCAAACGGAGAUGCGGCUGGCUUGUCGGAAAGGCCGCUGCUAGGUUUGGCAGUAGGCACUUCAGGCUUCGUUACUGAGGUAGCGUCACUAGGCUUUCCAAACCCCUGGAAUGGUGAAGGCGUAGUAGCAGGGAAGGGUGAAGGAUUUGUAGCUGAGCCAGCCUUUGGCGCAAACAAAGCAGAUGUGGCUGCAGUUGGUGGGGUUGAUGACGUUGUCGUAGUGAAUGGGGAGGCUGUUACUGUGGGUUAGUUUGACAAGGUGAAUGCGAAAUUGUAUGUGUUUCCUACCUGGUGUGGUUGUAGGGGUCGGGGCUGUGGUAGAGGGAGCCGCAGCAAAUGGGCUCUUUGCAGGUUGUGCAGUUGGAGCCUUUACUGAUGAAGCUGUGUUCGAUGACUCAGGGACGAAUAAGCUCUCCUCUGCAGCUGGUGCAGGCGCAGAGCUCGAUUUGCUCUCAAAGAUGGAGCUAUGGAUAAUAUCGGGCAGAGGUCGGUUUCCACGUUUGCGUUCUACCAUUGACUGAGAGAAUUGAUGCUUGAGGCGAUGGUGUGGUAGAGGCGUCUUGUUGUUGAGGAUAAGUGGUCGUUGAGAAACAUCGCCAAAUGUUGGUGACGCGCCGAAUUCAAGAUCAUGAAGCUCGGCAAAGUCGAUUGCCUCCUGUACAGUAUCGAAGCGCAGGAACCUGUUUAAUGUUUCGGCUGUAACAUCAUUUGCAGAUUCUUUUGGUCGGGAGAGAGCUCGCUUAACAUUUCGUAAGAUGGAACGGCGCAGCUGGGGGAAAUGGCAUUCAGCAAAGCAGGCCAUGGUAUAUGAUACCUUGCGGUCUUCGACAAUUCUAAAGAAUGCCUGGUGUGCGCCAGAGGCUGCUAGUGACGGUCCUUCUUUAAGGGGUCCAUGGAAAUCUUGGGUAUUCUGCAGAGCCUCCACCAGAGAGACAGCGGUUUGAAUUUCCUCCGAAUCGGUCCACAGGCUUCGUCUCCAUUGCCUCUGCAGCACAUCCAUUAUAUUGGGAUCAUUGGCGUGGAAGAUGAGAAAGUAUGCUCGGAACUCGGCUUCAUUCUCGCAGACAAUGUCCUGAGCAUUGCAGUCAUCAUAAAUAUCUCGCAGGGACAGCAGCGCCUUUCCCAGUUGUUCAAGCUCUUGCUGUUCCACAAAGCUUUCUGGUGCCUUGCCUUCUCGGCAGAGCAAGUGCAGCGACGUAACGUGGAAUCUGGCAAUAUCCUCAAGGACAUUGGCUUGCAUCUUGACAUCGUCGGCGGCAAGGCUGGAGAAGAAGCUGAAAUCUCUUCGAAUAGCACGCGUUCUGUCCCAAAGAUAUCCGUGCAAUGUGGGUAGAUUUUCGUCAACGCUAAGGAGGUCGUCGAUUAAGUAGUUUAACGUUUUUCGCAGUGUCUUGAUUGAGAGAACGUCCAUGGGCAGCGGUGCCUCCUGUCCAGCAGCCGAUCGAGCCAGCUUCUUGACCAUUCGCUUCUUGUCCGCAAAAGUCGUGGCCGGGUCGCGUUCGGGUUGAGGAAUGUCGUGUUCGGUAAUGCGCUGGAUCUUUUCGUACUCUGGGCACAUAUCCUGGCAAAUGCCUCGGAACUCAAUGGCUUCUGUUAAUGCUUUUCGCUUUGUAGGGUCGUCAAUGAGCCCAGCACGAGUGAGAGAAGCGCGGACUUUGCUGCGAUACUCCUCGUACUGCUCUCUAAACUUGGCCAUUUGGGCCUUGCUGCUAGGAUUGCCUGGUUGUGACGGCCACGCUGGUGGUGCGAGGCCAUCUUUUCGGAGCUGUGUGUAUACCUUUACAGCAUGAGGGUCGUUUUGGUCGUAUUUAAAGGGCGAGCUGUCGUCGGUUCCUGCAUCCUGGAUGACGGACGCUAUCGAGGAUGGAAAGGCGCUUGGCGGCUUGUUGCUGAAACCACCAAAGCCCGUCGACGGCGGCUUACUCGGGCCGCCAAAUGGAUUGGCGCCAUUAUUUGCUAGGGUCGGCUUGUCGUUGGAGCCAAAGAUGGGUUUUUUGGCGGCAGCGCUUCCGUCGUUUGAAGGCGCGCCGAAUCCGCCAAACGCGCUCGUCUUUUGGGCUGGCCCAGCGUCGGCAAAGGGAUUAUCACGUUUCGCUGUAUUCACUGUGCUGGUACUCGAUGCGCUUCCAAAGCCAAACGGAUUGGCCGUUGUUGUGGCAGGAGUUGUUGUGGCGAAGGGGUUGGCGACGGGCUUCGAUGAGCUUUGCGUCGGCUGCCCAAACGAGGAAAACAUUUGGCCUGGCGAUGCAACAGCCGUCGCAUUCAUCUACGUGCUGUUGUGCACAUGGAGAAUCACCGGAGAAGACGCGAUGUUGGCAGCCAGAACGCCUCGCGUCGCAAGCAAAUGAUUGGGCGUGGUAUGUGUAGGAAAGGA